UUGUCGUAGUAAGUGUGCCACGUCUGCUAGGAAGCGGCAGUCAUGAACUUGCCAGAGGCCGUUGUCUUUAAACUUUCAAGUACUGUCUUAGUUCUAUGAGGUCCGGGGCCCUCUCUCUGUUUUUGUAGGAACUUCUUUCCUGCUCCAGCAGCAUGAGGCUUUUUUUGUGGAACGCGGUGCUGACGUUGCUGGUCACUUCUUUGAGUGGGGCUCUGAUCCCUGAACCAGAAGUGAAGAUUGAAGUGCUCCAGAAGCCGUUCAUCUGCCAUCGCAAGACCAAAGGAGGAGAUUUGAUGUUGGUCCACUAUGAAGGCUACUUAGAAAAGGAUGGCUCCUUAUUUCACUCCACUCACAAACAUAACAAUGGUCAGCCUAUUUGGUUUACCUUGGGCAUCCUGGAGGCUCUCAAAGGUUGGGAUCAGGGCUUGAAGGGAAUGUGUGUAGGAGAGAAGAGAAAGCUCAUCAUUCCUCCCGCCCUGGGCUAUGGAAAAGAAGGAAAAGGUAAAAUUCCCCCAGAGAGUACACUGAUAUUCAACAUUGAUCUCUUAGAGAUUCGAAAUGGACCAAGAUCUCAUGAGUCAUUCCAAGAAAUGGAUCUUAAUGAUGACUGGAAACUCUCUAAAGCUGAGGUUAAAGUAUAUUUAAAGAAGGAGUUUGAAAAGCAUGGCGCAGUGGUGAAUGAAAGUCAUCAUGAUGUUUUGGUGGAAGAUAUUUUUGAUAAAGAAGAUGAAGACAAAGAUGGAUUUAUAUCUGCCAGAGAAUUUACAUAUAAACAUGAUGAGUUAUAAAGAUACAUCUGCCCAUUUGAUAUGGCAUCCAUCCUUAAAGAUAGGGCAACAUUUUGAAAGAAAGUCUUAUUUUCUUGUUCUGUUUUUUUGUUUUUGUUUUUUUAUAUGUUUUUCUGAAUAUUAUUUGAAGAACCCCUUAGGAUUCCUAAGUGCCCAUUUCUUUCUGGUGACUUACUGGGAAGAAAAAAUUAAUUUGUCUUUGAAUAGGAGACUGCUGGACUAUCUUCCACUUUCACAUAUGAAGCCUUAUGUUUUACUUUCUUACUUGCAAUUUUAAAAUAUUGCAGCAGGAAGCACACCCAACGUUAAAACCAAGUUAUGACACAAAUCAGCACCCUCUAUUUCUAUUUGCCUCCAUUUUCUCCAAGUUAGAUACUGACAUUUGAGAAACCUUUUGCAAUAGCCCAAGGCUUACUAUUUUCAUGUUAUAUUGAAACAGUGUGUCUGUAACUGCCUUUGAGUCUCUGCUUGAGGAAAGGAGGAAAAGGGUCGUUGGUUUGGGCUUGUUAACAGUUACUGCUCUACUGAGGAGAUGUGUGAUGCCAAAGUGAAUAACGAAGUUAAUAACUUAUAAAUAUGUGUACACUGAAACAUUCUGCCCAGGGCUUAAGUUAUAUAAAGCUUGGUUCCUAGUGACUAAUAACCUAUAAUGAGAAAUAGGACAAAUUAUUUAUGUGUCUGGUGUUUUGUAAUAACGUGUCAAAAUGUUGUUGCUGAGGUAGAGAGUUGUAUCUAGUCAGUGUUUAAGUCUAGCAGAUUACCCUUCCUGGUUGAUUAAUGAAUACAAUCUAUUACUGAUGUAUUAUACUACAAUAACAUUGUGUCAUGAAAGAAAUUAGAAAGCCAAUAGAAAAUUUCCCAUUUCUGCUCAUCAAAACAAUGACGUGGACCCACAGCUGCUACUAUUGCAUAGAAAUCUGUCUUGGGUCAAAAAAUGGAAGAUUUUAUAAUUUUACCUGAAAUUGGUAAAAGCUCCCAAAUCUCCAUAAUAGUUCUUUAUCACUUGCACAGUGAUCUCAAGUGCAUCAUUGUCUUUGAUUUUCAUUGCUCUGAGCCCUGUGAAAAACUCUGGUGGAUCUUAAUGUGCCUUAAAAAAGGAGGACAUUAUCCUUCAAAGAGAUGGAUUGUUCUGCAGAGGUCAACAGCCAACUUGUGCAAACAAAUCACAGUCCCCAAGUUCAGUAUCUUUGUAUUGCCCUCUCCUAUUGAAAAAGUAAAUCUUGCCUUUGAACUCCUUGGACCGAUCGCUUUGCUCUCAAAGCAGUCAACUAACUCCAUUUUGUGUCUUUGGGUCUUUAUCCUUUGAAGAUGGUGAACUGGCUGUUGAUUCUACCCCUAAUCUAUGAAUGGCUCUGGUUUCAUUGAAUAAUCUUGGGGUUAGCACUGAAUUGCCUCAAAAACCCUGAGCUGUGAGAAGGUCCAGGCUUGUGUGUCUUAGGCCUUUCAUGCUUAUUUACCUCUAGGUUUUUUGUUUUUGUUUUUGUUUUUAGAGAAUUUCAAACAGUUAUUAUAUCAUGUACAGGCUAUUUUUGCCACUUAUCUGUUGACAUUUCUCCCACUAAACAUAAAGUUCUCGGGAAGAACAUAUAACCUUUUUCUGAUGAAAUCACCUAUAUGUAAAAAUCUUUUAAAUUGUCACUACUAUUUUCCUCAACCUGGAAGAGUUAUAAACCACAAUAUAGAAAGCCUUAUGCUGUGUUCGUUAGGAAGGAGAGAGACCUUGUCAUAUGGUACCACCUUCUAUAGACAUUCCUGGCAAUGCUAUCUCUGGUAGAGCGGGCAAAGCAAAACGAAUUGUGAUUAUUCGGGCAGCAUAUUUCUUGAUAUGUGAAUUUACAUCAGUUUUCAUCUAAAUAGACACAAGCACAAAAUGAAAGCCUAUAACAGGUUAUGGUUGUUUUUAAGUAUCUGCCUUUGGUUUGGCUACACUUUUACGCCUUUCCACUCGUGGGAAUAACCAGACAUGAACUGUGACCUCACUUGUAAUAGAAUUUGACUCAUUAAUAUUGCUAGAUAUGCCCAAUUUAAGUUCAUAUGACCAUGUUGUAUUCUUCUCAAAAUAAACUUUAUUUGGGGAAUGA